AUGUCGACAGGAAACGCAUCGAAGAUCACCGAUUGGGUAGAUCCCAACGACAAAUCUGGCGAGUUCAAAAGAGGGCGGUCUGCCUUCAGAAACUUUAUAUCUCGAGAGCCAGGGGCAGAAUUUCCGCCCGAGAAGGACAGAUAUCAUCUUUAUGUAUCAUAUGCAUGUCCAUGGGCCCAUCGCACCCUAAUCGUGAGGAAGCUCAAAGGCUUAGAGGAUAUCAUACCAUACACCAGCGUACACUGGCACAUGCUUGAGAAGGGCUGGCGGUUUGCAGAGCCAGACGAGAAGGUUCCGGGCGACAACGUCACUAAAGACCCUCUCCAUCCCGAAUACACCCAUCUUCGUCAAAUAUACUUCCAGGUCGAACCGCAAUAUGCAGGUCGCUUCACGGUGCCUACACUGUACGACAAGAAAAAGGAAACAAUCGUCAGCAAUGAAUCCUCAGAAAUCAUUCGAAUGUUCUAUACCGAGUUCGAUGACCUUGUUUCGGAGAAGUUUAAGAAUGUCGAUCUAUAUCCAGAGAAUCUGAGGGAGGAGAUUGAUGCUACCAAUGAAUGGACCUACGAUAAUAUCAACAAUGGAGUCUAUAAGUCAGGCUUUGCCACAACUCAAGAAGCUUAUGAAAAAGCUGUGAUCCCCCUGUUCGAAGCACUUGACAAAGCGGAAGCGCAUCUUGCCAAAGGACCUGGCCCAUAUUAUUAUGGCGAGAACAUCACAGAGGCAGAUAUCAGAUUAUAUACCACCAUCGUUCGGUUCGACGUGGUCUACGUCCAGCAUUUCAAGACCAAUAUCAGGGAUAUCAGAUCAGGCUAUCCUCACUUACACAAAUGGUUGAGAAAGCUGUACUGGGACGUGCCAGCAUUUGGGGAGACAACGCAGUUUGAGCACAUCAAGAAUCACUACACGAAGAGUCACCGGCAGAUCAACCCUCCCAGUAUCACACCGGUUGGCCCGCAUCCUAACAUUUUGAAGAAGGAUGAAGAAGUCCCCGCUGUUGAGGCGGCUCUCAAGGCAGCAGGUCGCUAA